AUGGACCCAAUGUUGUUAACAAAUUCUGAAUUGAUUGAAUUGACACGAGCAAUUGCAAUAAAGAUAUAUUCAAAAUACGUACAAUCUUCGAGGUAUACUCCAGGUAGUAAUGGUGAUCUUGAAAGCUUGAUGAAUGGUGCUGUUAGAAAGAAACUCAAAAUUAUCCCAGAAAAAGAAGGCUUUCUCAAACCUAUGAAAAACGUUGAUGAACUAUUAGCUAGAGGAGUGAAUGUAACUGUGUACAAUGGGCAACUUGAUGUCAUUUGUUCGACUAAUGGAGCAGAAGCAUGGGUUAAGAAGCUAAAGUGGGAAGGUCUGAAGACUGUCUCGAAUGUGGAAAGGAGUCCACUGCAUUGUGGGGAUGACAAAAUUACUAAGGGUUUCACCAAGUCUUAUAAGGAUUUUCACUUCUAUUGGAUUCUUGGAGCUGGUCAUUUUGUCCCAGUGGAUCAACCUUGUUUGGAAUUGGAUAUGGUAGCUAGCAUCACUCAGUCACCAGCUGUUCCAUAA